AUCAGACGGCUCUUCCAGAAGGACAAGACCGACCCACCGCCCGACCAUACCGCAGCCCGGCAGCACAGGCGGCACUGGACGUCUACUCGAGGGUCGUGGGCACCGACAGAGGCGCGCAGCCCUUGACGCAUCGGCAGAUGCUGGCUGUGCUCCUCGGGCAGUGGAAGGAGGGGCACCCACACCCAGCGCAUCACGACGAACACGUCCGGUGCUGGCCCGGGGUCGCCCGCCGUUGGUGGGGAGGAGACAUGUAAGUAUGUGGUGUCUCGCCCGUCUUUUGUUGGUGCCAUUCUAUCGGUGUCUCUCUGCUCCUUUUCAGAUCGCCGCCUACAUUUCAUAUUCGUCGGGCUUUCUCUCUUGUCAGCGUGACGCUCUCUCCCACAGCACUGCUCGACACCGAUCGCAAGACGAUACGCCCGAGACACCAAUGCUUCGUACUCGCGAGCGAGGGAGAGUGUGCGAGAUGUUGGCAUUCCUGCACACCGCAGCAGUUGCUGCCCUGUCGGGAGAAAGAGCCAGCAUGCCCAUCACGCGUGCCGACGGCCGCACGGGAUUCGUCGGUUCCGAAUACGUGGGCUUCUACGAGAAGUUGCAGGUGCAUCCGUGCGCCCCGCUGAAUGAGGUCAAGAAAUCCUAUCACAAAGGCGCCCUGGUACGCACUGCAAACCGAUACGAAUGAUUGGACGCAUCUUGGCGGACGGAUGUGUGUGUGUCUGCAGAAAAGCCACACAGACAAGGGGGGUCGCAAGGAGGACUUCCAGGCCUUGGUUGAGGCCUACACGGCCAUCAAGAAGGACCUCGAGCGACUGGAGAAUGGCGACCCGUCUGACCCGGUACACCAAGAGCACAGCACCACCCCGCUGCAUUCAUCAAUCCUCGCAUGUACGUGUGUGCGUUCGUUCGGUCGCUCAGAUUGUCAAGGAGCCCUAGAGAUGCAGGAGAGAUACCGGCAGGUGACCCCCGCACAGACCCACCGAUAACACGCAUCCCAACACCACACACAACACAUGGCUACUUCUGACCUGUCUGUCACUCAGAUGCAGGAGGAAGAGAAGAAGAGGGAUAAGCUGCCCACCCUGAUCGAGGAGAGGGAUAAGCUGCGCAACCAGAUCCUGGAGCGCCGCCGCUUGCUCGAGGAGCACACACUGCAGCGGCGGUGCGAGCAGAUCAACACCACAAACCCAUGACCGGUACCUUGAGACGCCGUUCGGUUUUCAUACAGCAGGUCCGUCAUGGUGUGUGUGUUGCAGGACCAGCCAGCAUUUGGGCACUCGCCGUGGGCAAGUAGCUGCUGCCCUGGGCAAGCGCAUGGACACUGGGGCGACGCGUGCACGUUACCUGAGGUUUGCCCUAUAUCACCUCGUCUCGAAGCGCUGCGAGAUGGAGGUGUGAUAUCUGGGAGCGCGUGUGGCGUAGGUGGUGGCCUUGGUGAGGAUUCAGAGUGCUCUGGACCUUGACCUGCCAGUCACCCGGCUGCUGGAUCUCGGUAAGUGCACAUACCUGGGUUGGAGGGCCGGCACAAGUGCUUCGUGUGUGUCUGGAACAGGUGAUCCAGGUGCGAUGGAAGGAGUACAGUACGGCCUUCUUCAGGAAGUCCUCUCCACGGCGGAGAGCGCCCGGAAGGGCAUUUCGGUCCACACGUCCGUGCCGGGUGUGCGGAUCCGACGCAUCGCUCCGCAGCGCCCAGCGUGACGCCUCUCCCGCGUCAUCACCGUCCACCCGGCACACCGACCACCCGUCCUCAGCCGACAGCGACGGAGACGAUACCGACGAGUCCAUCCGGCUGCCGGUGGGCGUCGACGGCGCGGUGCACCUGGUGGCCGACCAGGGCGAGGCGGCUCAGGGGAUGUGUGAGGGGAGGGAGAGGGAGGUCAAGAUAGAGGGGGAUGGGGAAGGGAGAAAAGGGUGCUGGGGCUGGUUCGCGCUGCCCAACCCCUUUGCAUGGUGCAUGUCCGGCUGCCUCGUGUAAUGCAUCACACAAUCCACCCACACACAACCAGCAGCGACACAUGUAGGCAGCUAGCGAGGGAGUGAGCAGAUGUCUUAGUUUUGGAUGGAUGGGGAGAUGGAUGGAUGGAUGGAUGGAUGGGAGGGAGGGAGGGAGGGAGGGAGGGGUGUGUGCGUUUGGGUUGGGUGAUGUGUGGUCUGCGUGCAUGGGACGGGAGAGCGCCUCGGUGUUUUUUCAAGUGUGUGUGGCCUGGCUGCCCUGUUGCCAUUUGCCCGAUGCAUUUGUGGGCUGUGCUGCCCUUCUCG